UAGGUCCCAGAGCACCCGCACCCACUUUUAACUACGGAGCCAUUACGUUUAUUAAGGGGAGUGGUUGUUGUUUACUGACGUGUAGGGACAUUCUUUACGCGCACAUCUGCGUAUUUCACAACUUUAAAUGCCUCUCCAAUUAGUAGGCUAAUAGUGAGAUGACAGCUAAGGCUGAGGGGGAUAGUGGCAUUUGAUAUGGGUAGCCUCUAGAGAGGCUGAAACAGCGACGACUAUGGAGGAUCCGACUCGGAUUGUGAGAGAUCAACCUACUUCAGACCCGAGCGUUUCGCCCGAUGUGGCCUUGCUGAAGAACAGGGACUAUCAGCACAAGUGAGUUAUUUGAUGUAGCAUAAUAUUUAUUAUUACAUCCAUAUAUAAGGUACACCCAUAUAUAAUCAUUUUCCAACGAUUUGAAGAAAGGUUAUUGUAAAUUUGGCCUAUCUGGGAGGCCUUCUCUUUCUGACCUAGAUUGUAAGAAUCACCCAUUUCUGUUCUUCCUCCACAUUAUGGGACAGCUGUUUGGCUGCGGUCUAAAGGAGAAGAGCAUCUCAGGUCUUCAGGUUUUCUAACCUUUAUACGAGUUCUCAUUCACUCAGGUGUAAAUCACACUUGGUCUAAUGCACACUUGGGCACAAUUCGAUAUCCUCUUACACCAGUGUUAGGUAGACUAUUUAACCAAUUACUGUCAGUGUCCACCAUUCAUAGGGUGCUUCAAACCAGAUAUACUCCAUCAGUAAACUUCUUCAUACAUCCCAGGCACUCACUGUCUCAGAGUGACUGUUCGCUCACAUGAGGCUUCCUCAGCAACACACUUCCAGAACAGGAGCUGUCAGGUGAAUUAUUAACAGCAACUCUAUAUGUUUGAACUGGCUGCUAUUGGCAGGAGCUGGGGAGGGAACGACAGAGGUGUAGGCCACUCAGACAGGAGGGAAAUGGGUCUCUCUCCCAGGAUGUCAGUGACAGAGACUCCAUAUCACCUGGUGACACAGGAAACCCCUCUGUGGUUACCUUGUCAACCUGUCAUGAAUGACUGAACAAAAGCAAUCUCUCUUUAGCUAAUUUAAUGCUAUGUUGGGGAAACAAUAAAUAAUGGUAGGGCUAAGGGCACUGGAGUUUUCUGAAUACAGCAAUCUAUUUCUCUCCUUUAUUUAACAAAAUUAUUUGGAUGGAUUUUGUUAUUACAUAGGCUAUCCAUUACUGAAAUAUAAACCUGUUAAUGAAGACUUGAGGGAGUUCUGUGUGGUAGAUACUAGAGAGCUAAAGUGAUGUGUGAACUGUGCGACCACAGUUUCUGCUACGGCACCACAGACUGCGGAGUUUGAUCACAUGCAGAGUGUGUUCAUUGAGUUGAAUCAUGAUACAUUAAUCAUGGUACGUGACUAAUGGUACAAAGUCUUGGAAAUCCUUGCCAAUACUAUAACCGCCUCUUAAUAAUGUUUUUAAAAAAAGCCUUCACCUUAAAUGACCUUCCUCUAGAUUAACAUGGGUGUCUGAGACUCUUAGUGUGUCUAGCCCAUGUUGGCAGGAUUGAUGACAGAUGUUAAUGAACUGUUGAUAUAGUGUAGGAUAUAGAGCCCGCUACGGCACUACCAACUGAUUUGACUGAUUGUGUAGCAUAAGAUAUUCUUUAAUGGUUGAUCCCCAAGAGUUUAGUUGGUGAGGCAUAUCCCAAUUUAACCAGCCCCAUUAAGCUCAAGUGGAAUGAUUCCCAUGGUUUGGAGAAAUAUUAGACUAAAUGGCUUUUAAAAAUGAAAUAACAACCAAUCUGAUCAUGAAGCAAGUUGUCAAUUUGUCAAAAUGAGUUCUACUCUUGAAGGUUGCAUCUAUCUGGUCUUAGACAACAGGUCAGAUUUAGAGCCACAUUGAACCCACCCUGUUCAGUCUUUAUAAAUGACCCUUGUACAGCUGAUUGGGUAUCCUGAAAAGCUUCGGCAUACCCAUAUCUGCUUUUCCUCAACUGACCCGUGUUUGUCUCCUAGAUAUUAUCCCCAGAAACUCCAACUGUCAGUCCUGUUUUCCUUUGAUUACAGGGUGUUCGUCAAUAGAAGUGUAACAUUGGAGAACAUCAAAUGCUAUGGCUUUGACAUGGACUACACGCUGGCAGGUAGGUUUAUUUAGUAGCCCAGUAGACCUACACCAACAAAGAGAUGUGCUUGUACUGGUGAAGGGAAAAAAAAAAAGGCAGAUAUUUUGAGAAAAUAUGGAAAUCUAGUCACUAUGUCUCACAGAUUUAAGUAUAUAAGCAUACAAAUAUUGUAACAUUUCCACUGAUGAAUGUACUGACAGUUCAUGUGUUCUGUAUGUGUAGCGUACAAGUCUCCUGACUAUGAGGAUCUAGGCUUUGAGUUGCUCCGAGACAGGCUGGUGUCUAUAGGCUAUCCCCAUGAGCUACUGCGUUACAACUACGACCCCACCUUCCCCACUCGGUAAGUUCUCUCAUCCUGUUGAUCUCACACACAUUUGCAUGCUGUUUAUGUUUACAUAUGUUUAGUUUGGUAGUAAAUAACAUGACCCACUACUCACAAAGACAUUGGGUAGAUGCAAAGCAUGGUUAGUUAGCAUGGACUCUUCAUGGGAGUCUACUUAUGAAAUGACCCCUAACCAUUAUUGUUAAGCCAUUUGUUGCUCUGUGCAAUCUAUUUUCUGUGUCCUUGGCCCAGGGGGACACUGCUGGAGAAACAUUUUACAAUAUAAUCAGUAUAAACAGACAUCCUGCAGAGAUAGUUUCCCCAAAGGCCUGGUAACAGUAUAACAAGAUACGUCAAAAUAGAGGAGAAAUAAAAAGUAACCUACUUAUUCUAUCAAGAACAGCCACACAUCUAAAAGAUAUCAUCUUGCCCUCUCCAAUCUAUUCCUCUCUCUGCUUAUCUCUGUAUAACUUUAUUCACCCCCAUGCUCUCAUCCUCUUUUUCAUCCCAAUCUAUCCUCCCUCCUUCCUAGUGGCCUGGUAUUUGACACAAUGUAUGGCAACUUGCUGAAGGUGGACUCCAAUGGAAAAAUUCUGCUGUGCAGUCAUGGCUUCACCUUUCUAAAAAGGUGAGCGCUACAUCACAGGAAAUACAAUAGUGUGUGUGUGUGUGUGGUGAUGACUUGUUCUGAGUGUACUCGUUUUCAUUCUGUAAAAGGUUGUCCUUGGGUCAACACUGUCACUGAGAACAUAUCUGCACAAUAUCUGCACAAUCACUUUACAAAGUCAUCUAAGCAGGGGAACAUUUUACAUUUGUACAUUUUAGUCAUUUAGCACAGGGGUUCCCAAACUUUUUCACUCAGGCCCCCCUUCAGCAUUGGGGAACAUCCCACGUUAGCUGACAUGGGCUAGUUGAUCUGGACAUUUCUUACAAGUUAUAAAUAGCUCUCUAAGGUAUGCAAUGACUGACAUAACAAGAGGAAAACUGAUGAUGCAUUACCCAACUUCGAAAUUGCACCUUGUGCAUUUUACUAUUACAACUUUCAAGAGUAAGUUGAAAGCCGGACAGAGUUUCUUAAAAAAUACAAUUAUGAAAAUUUAAAAAUACAACAGAGGAUGUUGGAGACCAAGGGAGCGUGAUCCUGACCUCGGUCAGAUCCAACUGUGAGCAUGUGUCUCAGUAGACCUACAUACUGCUGUUAUAUUCAGCCUUCAACAUAAAACAGCCCCCAUUGUCCUGGCUCCUUCAUGGAGGACUGAGAAAUGACUGCAAAAUAUCUGCAUGUUUCACAACCAACAUGAUACACCACAAGGUGUGCAGGAACGUUACAAUGUUUUUCUAAACAUUAAUUGAAUGCAGAAUAGCAGCACUAUUUUGGAAUCCUUCACUCUUCCAUUGGCUUACAAUGGUGAUGUAACCAGCUCACAAAUAUAAAAAAGUAUAUUUAUAUCCAGCACCUGGUGCCAUGGGAUUUGCGAAUGAAUGUCUGUAUGUGUGUGUUUAGGUGUGUGUUAUUGUAUGAUUGUGUGAGUUCCUUUUGAGUUAAUCUUUGUGUUUAUUGUGUUGUAUGUAGGACUAUGUGUAUCGUGAAAGACUAUAUUGAUUAUACUUCAGUUGGACAUGUAUACAGAGGGCACUUGGGCCUGCCCACCCUCCAUUCAUAAAUCAGGCUUUAGAUGCCUUUGGGAUCCCCUACCAGCAGCUAAGCUAUCGAGAGGCUCCGGUUCCAUUUCAAAUCCACUCAAUAUCCAUUGCAUUUCUGCCUCAUACUCUUGCAGUGAGGCAGACAGUAGUGAUGCUUCAAUGGCGAAGGCCUGUGGAUGUUUCUACAGUGAGGGAAAAAAGUAUUUGAUCCCCUGCUGAUUUUGUAAGUUUGCCCACUGACAAAGAAAUGAUCAGUCUAUAAUUUUAAUGGUAGGUUUAUUGAGAGAUAGAAUAACAACAAAAAAAUCCAGAAAAACGCAUGUCAAAAACGUUAUAAAUUGAUUUGCAUUUUAUUGAGGGAAAUAAGUAUUUGACCCCCUCUCAAUCAGAAAGAUUUCUGGCUCCCAGGUGUCUUUUAUACAGGUAACGAGCUGAGAUUUGGAGCACACUCUUAAAGGGAGUGCUCCUAAUCUCAGCUUGUAACCUGUAUAAAAUACACCUGUCCACAGAAGCAAUCAAUCAAUCAGAUUCCAAACUCUCCACCAUGGCCAAGACUAAAGAGCUCUCCAAGGAUGUCAGGGACAAGAUUGUAGACCUACACAAGGCUGGAAUGGGCUACAAGACCAUCGCCAAGCAGCUUGGUGAGAAGGUGACAACAGUUGGUGCGAUUAUUCGCAAAUGGAUGAAACACAAAAGAACUGUCAAUCUCCCUCGGCCUGGGGCUCCAUGCAAAAUCUCACCUCGUGGAGUUGCAAUGAUCAUGAGAACAGUGAGGAAUCAGCCCAGAACUACACGGGAGGAUCUUGUCAAUGAUCUCAAGGCAGCUGGGACCAUAGUCACCAAGAAAACAAUUGGUAACACACUACGCCUUGAAGGACUGAAAUCCUGCAGUGCCCGCAAGGUCCCCCUGCUCAAGAAAGCACAUAUACAGGGCCGUCUGAAGUUUGCCAAUGAACAUCUGAAUGAUUCAGAGGAGAACUGGGUGAAAGUGUUGUGGUCAGAUGAGACCAAAAUGGAGCUCUUUGGCAUCAACUCAACUCGCCGUGUUUGGAGGAGGAGGAAUGCUGCAUAUGACCCCAAGAACACCAUCCCCACCGUCAAACAUGGAGGUGGAAACAUUAUGCUUUGGGGGUGUUUUUCUGCUAAGGGGACAGGACAACUUCACCGCAUCAAAGGAACGAUGGACGUGGCCAUGUACCGUCAAAUCUUGGGUGAGAACCUCCUUCCCUCAGCCAGGGCAUUGAAAAUGGGUCGUGGAUGGGUAUUCCAGCAUGACUAUGACCCAAAACACACGGCCAAGGCAACAAAGGAGUGGCUCAAGAAGAAGCACAUUAAGGUCCAGGAGUGGCCUAGCCAGUCUCCAGACCUUAAUCCCAUAGAAAAUCUGCGGAGGGAGCUGAAGGUUCGAGUUGCCAAACGUCAGGCUCGAAACCUUAAUGACUUGGAGAAGAUCUGCAAAGAGGAGUGGGACAAAAUCCCUCCUGAGAUGUGUGCAAACCUGGUGGCCAACUACAAGAAACAUCUGACCUCUGUGAUUGCCAACAAGGGUUUUGCCACCAAGUACUAAGUCAUGUUUUACAGAGGGGUCAAAUACGUAUUUCCCUCAUUAAAAUGCAAAUCAAUUUAUAACAUUUUUGACAUGCGUUUUUCUGGAUUUUUUUGUUGUUAUUCUGUCUCUCACUGUUCAAAUAAACCUACCAUUAAAAUUAUAGACUGAUCAUUUCUUUGUCAGUGGGCAAACGUACAAAAUCAGCAGGGGAUCAAAUACUUUUUUCCCUCACUGUAGCUCUAGAUCGAACUUCAAAACACCUACAAAAGCUGCAAUUGACAGAAUCUAAAUGUGUAAAUGCUGGUAUUUUCAAAUGACACCCUAACAUAGUCAUGAGACUCAAAGAGAGGUCUUGUCAUUGAUAGUGCUGGUGGGUUAAGUGCCCUCUGGAUGUUAUCUGUUGGCUCAGUGGGUUCUCCCAGAAUGACUCAUCAUCUGGAAAUGCUCCAAUAGCAACUUUUUGGUGUUAUUGGGGAGGUUGUCAGACAGAGUGUGUACACAGUAUGCAUGUUUUUGUCAUGAUACAUGUCUUUGUAUGCGUCUGUGGCUACUUCCCGGGACCACUCAUAUGUAAAAUGUAUGCAUGCAUGACUUUAAGUCGCUUUGGAUAAAAGCAUCUGCUAAAUGGCAUAUAUUAUUACUCUUAAUUUGCUAGUUGUAUGAAUACUUUCCUUCUCUACAGGGACAAGAUCCACGACUACUACCCCAACAACUUCAUUCAGAGAGGCAACACUGACCGCUUUUAUAUCCUCAACACUCUCUUUAACCUUUCAGGUAGCAACAACAGUAUUACUUUCUGUAGUUCUGUACAAUCAUACUGCAAAAAAAGUCAAGUAGAAUGACUUUGUAAUGCCCUCCUGCUCCUCCCACAGAGACAUAUCUGUAUGGCUGCCUUGUGGACCUCUUCACCAGAUGUAGCAGAUAUGUAAAGUGAGUGGCUAUUUUUCUCCCCCCUCUUCUCGUUGACCCUCUCUUUUUCUCUACAGUUGUGAGAAUUGUAAAUCAUUAAAAAGAAGAGAAUAAUGUGACUGUCGUUUCUCUGCUCUUUUGUUUUUCAAAGCUGCCAGAAAGGCUUCAAACAUGGUGACUUGUUCAUGUCAUUCAGAAGCAUGUUCCAGGAUGUUCGAGAUGCAAUGGACUUUGUUCAUGAUACGGUUAGCAUUAUAAUGUACAUACCAGGCCAUCCCGACACAUAUACACACACACACAUUAUGAAACAUUACUGUCUGUCUUUGCGGAAAGACUGACUCCUUUUUGUCAUAUAGGGCACUCUGAAGGAAAGCACUCUGAAGAAUUUGGAUAAAUAUGUCGUCAGAGAUGUGAGUGAAAAUAACUUUGAACCUCCCUUAAUUGCUGUUCCAUAUUGGAUACCUUUUAUGGAUACAGUAUAUUGUCAAAGUGCUUUGGACAUAAUUUCUCUAUCCAGAGGAAAUUACCCUCUCCUUUACUUCCUUCUCUUUACAGCCAAACUUGCCUGUUCUCCUGACUCGCAUUAAGGAGGUGGCCAAAGUGUUCCUGGCAACCAACAGUGACUACAACUACACGGAGGUCAGUUGUUAAUGUUGCAUGGUUUCAUGGCACAUGAUGUCCAUUCUAUUCAAAACAUGAUGUCCAUUCUAUUCAAUACAUGAUGUCCAUUCUAUUCAAUACAUGAUGUCCAUUCUAUUCAAUACAUGAUGUCCAUUCUAUUCAAUACAUGAUGUCCAUUCUAUUCAAUACAUAAUGUCCAUUCUAUUCAACACAUGAUGUCCAUUCUAUUCUAUACAUGAUGUCCAUUCUAUUCUAUAAAUUAUGUCCAUUCUAUUCUAUAAAUUAUGUCCAUUCUAUUCUAUAAAUUAUGUCCAUUCUAUUCAAUACAUUAUGUCCAUUGUAUUCAAUACAUGAUGUCCAUUGUAUUCAAUACAUGAUGUCCAUUCUAUUCUAUAAAUGAUGUCCAUUGUAUUCCAUAAAUUGUCCAUUCUAUAAAUGAUGUCCAUUCUAUUCAAUACAUGAUGUCCAUUCUAUUCUAUACAUUAUGUCCAUUCUAUUCAAUACAUUAUGUCUAUUCUAUUCGAUACAUGACGUCUAUUCUAUUGUAUUAUUUUUCACAUGAAGGAUGUGUCUUUGUUCUUUUUCUUAGGCUAUCAUGAAAUACUUGCUUGAAACUCCACCAGGUGCCAAGGUUAGUCUAGGUGUCUCCAGUUUCAAAUUAAGGAAAAGGGUUUGGGGAACAAAUUAACAUUAAUUCUAAUGAACAUUUCAAUAUUUAUUUUCUUAUAAGUACCCAAAGAAACCGUGGCGUGCAUUCUUUGACCUUGUCGUCGUGGAUACCAGGAAGCCACAGUUCUUUGCAGAGGGAACUGUGCUGAGACAGGUAGACACGGUAAGGCACUUUGACUCAUCAUUACAUGGUGUGUAUAGAAAACAUAAUUUAACACACCACACAAUUAGAUAAAUGUUCUAAUCUAUCCAACAUAGAACACAGGGAAGCUCCGCAUCGGAACAUACACUGGAGACCUCCAGCAUGGAACGGUCUACUCUGGAGGUAAUAAUUGUUAUUUUUCAUAUUAUGAUAAAAAAUAGGUAAUAUAUUCUAGGAAGAGGGACAGAGAGGAAAUGGGAAGCUAUGAGAUUGAGAUGGGAGAGGAAUAGUGUGUUUCACCCAUCUUGGUUUCAGUGGGUGUCACAUCUCCUUUCCAUCCUCUUUUAUCUGUCCAUUUCUCCCUCCAUCUGUCUCUCCUCCCUGCAGGCUCCUCAGACAUUGUGUGUGACCUGCUGGACGUGAAGGGGAAGGACAUCCUCUAUGUGGGGGACCACAUCUUUGGGGACAUCCUGAAGUCUAAGAAGAGGCAAGGUUGGAAGACCUUCUUGGUAGUGCCUGAGCUGGCCAAGGAGUUGCAGGUGUGGACAGAGAAGAGCCGUAAGUACAAACAUGGUCAACCUCCUCUUCAUGACCUCAGUGACCCUAACACUGACCUAUCAUAUACCACACACAGACAUCACAUGGCCACCUUACAUACAUUAUGUUAGGUAAUGUAAUCUUGAAGUUGAGGCCACCAUUUUGACGAGUGUUUCUCUUUUUUCUCAAGAUCUCUUUGAAGAGCUGAAGCGUCUUGAUGUGUAUUUAGCUGAGUUGUACAAGUGAGUGGGCAUUUCCUCUGUUAUAUGAGUGACACUUGUCUAGUAUUGCAUUUGACAGAGAUUGCAUUAUGUUGUUCAUCUGGCUGGCCUUUCCCCUCAGGCACCUAGACAGUAGCUGUCGAGAUCGUCCAGACAUCAGUGCCAUUCAGACCAGGAUGAAGGUAAACCAUGCCCACUGACACAUAAUCCCUCUCUGAGAAAUGCUCUAACACAUCGUCCACCGAGGUUAUGUUUUUAUGUGCUUCCCAGGCAUAUUUAUCUGAAAUGUUUUCAUAAUUACACCUGAGUGAGAAUUUCUUCGUCUGGCUUUAUGGUGUAUUUCAAUGUGCUGCUAACUGCAUUUUGUGUCUUACAGGUGGUGAUUUAUAGGAUGGAUCUUUCCUACGGCCAGAUGGGCAGCCUUCUGCGAAGUGGCUCCAGACAGACUCUGUUCGCCAGCCAGCUCAUGCGUUACGCUGACCUGUACUCUUCCACCUGCAUUAACCUGCUCCACUACCCCUUCAGUUACCUGUUCAGGGCCCAACCUGUCCUGGUGAGUUCCUGUUCAGAUAUUCCUGUGAUAAUAACAGGGACAUGCAUCUACUCUUUCAUCAAAUCCCUUGCUGAAAUUACCAUGAAAAAACAUGGAUUUUUCCCCCCUGAUGCUGUCCAGAUGCCCCAUGAGUCCUUGGUGGAUCAUCACCCCCUUAACUUCCCCUCACCUGAGUUCUCCGCUCUGGAUCAUGUCCAGAAGAUAGCUGAAGCCAAGGUUUGACACUCAUACCUACAGCUAUCUGUUAUUUACAAAUGUUGCGUUUUCUGUUUAAAUAAACACUAUUUAUCUGUUAAAAUAAACAGUCUAGAUUUAAGCCCUGAAAAAGUAUAUCUUUGUUGUCUCUAUCUUCCAUUGUCCAUAUUGAUUUUAAAAUAUAACCUUUCUGUUCUUAGAGGGCGAGUGAACAAGAUAACACAGCAGAACUGAAAGACAUGUGAGGAUGUAUUUACCAAAACAAUUAUUCUGUUAUUCCGACUGUUCCUCCAUAUCUCAAAAAAGGUGGCUGUGUGUUUGUUUUGACUGGCAAUUAAUUCCAUCUUCUUUUUUAUUUAUAAACUGGGUGGUUGAGCCC